CAAUCAAUCAUCAUCGCCCACCAUCUCUAAAAGUCGCUGCCCGUCAUGGAAGCGUCGGCCUCAACAUCAGCAUCGGCAUCUGUGCCUUCUGUGCCCCUCACUUUGCGCACCUCCAUCCCCGGCUUAGACCUUCCGCCCACACAAUACCUUGUUCCGGUUACAUUUGCCCGCUCGCAUCUCUCAACCCUCGUCAAUCGGCUCCUCCAGCAGACCAAGCCAGAGCAGGACCACCAAUCCACUCCCUUCGACUUCAUCGUUGAUGGACAGCUACUCCGCGACUCGCUACAGAGCUGGCUGGACAAGAAUGGCAAGACGGUGGAAGAGGGAGUCGAGCUGGAGUACGUCAAGAGUACGUUGCCCCCGAGGUGGGCGGGCGCGUUUCAGCAUGAUGAUUGGGUCGGAGGUAUUGAUGCAUCGAGAGAAGGCGCCUUCCUCACAGCGUCAUACGAUUCGUGCAUCCGUCUCUUCUCCUACGCCUCACCGCAAGAGCCAACGCUCACGUACAAGGUUCCUUCCACCUCAUCCUCAGCAGCUCAAGGUCUUGUUGCGGCGCGUUGGGUCAAGGAUGGCCAAGUAGCAACCGCUGGAUUGGACGGGGCUGUUCGCCUCUUUAGCGUGCCAUCCACAGCAGACGCAACGCCGCGACAGCUCUGGUGGGGAACGCAUCAUCCCAUCAGCGUAAAGGGCAAGGCAGCUGCUGUCCCCAAGGCCUCAAUGGGCAUGGGUCCAAGCGCUCUCACCUCUUUGGAUGUUGCAGCAGAUGGGUCUGGCCUCGUCACGGCCAGUCGAGAUGGGAGUGUCGCAUAUUGGCGGCUGGACGAGCUGCGCGAUGUAGCUGCGGGCGCCGAGCAGGACGCAGAGGACGACGAUGACGAGGGAGACGGUUCGAGGAAGCGCAGAAAAGCUGCCAAUGGCAAGAAUGCCAGCUCGACCCCCAGCCAGGGUAAACGUCCCACCGCCCUCUUCUGGCACUCGCUCCCCACGACCAUCGCCGCCACUUCCACCUCAGCAAUGCCAGCCCACGCCCCGCAUCCUCUCUCGCGCGUCUCCUCCGUCAUCUUCCAUCCCUCAGACCCGGUCCACCGCUGCCUGACAGCAGGUUACGACGGCAAGCUCAUCGAGUGGGACCUCUUUUCUGCCACGCGUGGUGGAAACCCCAAGGUCAGCGUGAGGGGGACGAGUGACUCGAGGGCGAUCCUCUGUCUGGCCGGGAUGCAGGGGGGAGAGGGCAAAGUGGUGAGCGGUCAGAUGGACCGAAGUCUUGCAAUUUGGGAUGUGAGCGACUCGGCCUCGUCAUCUUCGAGCACGGUGGUCAUUCCCAAUGCGCACGCAGGGCCCAUCUACGACGUUUCGGCGCACCCAGCGGAUAGCCAUCUCUUUGCGAGCGCGGGAGGUGAAGGCGUGGUGAAGGUCUGGGAUACCAGGAGUCACAAGAGGGCGCUGUUCACCUUGCAGAAGCCUGCGAGUGCCACGGACGCCAAGGGAAGGAUUGGCGGGAAAUUGCUGGCCUGUGAGUGGGAUCGCAGCAAGGGGGAGGACGGCGCAGGGCAGAGUGGGCAGGUGGUACUUGCUGGUGGGGAGGAUUGCGCUGUGAACGUGUUCAGGGGCCAGGGGAUCGGAGCCUCAGCGUAAGAUGGGCAGAGCAAAACGAUCCGAUGGCUUGUGAGGGUAAAGGGAUGUAUGAUUGGGAAUGAAGAGCAAUGGAGGGUCUAUCAUGCCACAAAAAGUCUACCACCUGCCCGCGCCUCACUCUAGCUUCUUUCGAGCAACGAACAACGCGGUAGGGUGAAUCACAUCGAGGGGCUCAUCCCAUCCAACUGGUUCGGCAUUCCUUUCCUUUGCAUCCUCCUGCCUAGCCUUCUCCAGGAUACGGCAAAGCACUGCAUGUGAGGGCAUAUUCAGUCAGCACUGCUUCGUCGCCCGUUUGAUUGGCAUCUUGACGCUGUGAAGAGCGCACUCACGAUCCUUGCCCUGCUUCUGCAUCUCCUUCUCCUCGGGAUGGUCCGCCAAGUACUUGGGCCAAGCGCUGGCAGAGUGAUACAUCUUUGCCAGUCCACGCAGAGUCGUGGUGCUCCUC